AUGACAACAGCAUAGAAAAUAGCUGAAGUUGAGCUAGAAAUGGAACGUACCCAAAAGAAUAAGGCUACUUCCUAUCACUUGGGUCAAUUAAAAGCAAAAUUAGCAAAAUUAAAAAGAGAAUUGAUUGAAGGUGGUAAAGGUAAAUCAGGUCCUGUAGGAGAAGGUUUCGAUGUCUCAAAGAGUGGUGAUGCUCGUGUUGGUAUGAUCGGUUUCCCCUCUGUCGGUAAAUCUACCCUUUUAACAAAGCUAACUGGUACUGAAUCCAAGAUUGCUGCUUAUGAAUUCACAACAUUAACUUGUAUUCCAGGUAAUGUCUUCUACAAGGGAUCUAAAAUUUAAUUGCUCGAUUUACCUGGUAUUAUCGAAGGUGCCAAGGAUGGUAAAGGUCGUGGUAAAUAGGUCAUUGCUGUUGCCAGAACUUGUAAUUUGAUUUGCAUAGUUUUAGACGCAACAAAGCCUAUGAAACAUAAAAAGAUUAUUGAAGGUGAAUUGGAAGGUUUCGGUAUUAGAUUAAACAAACAACCUCCUAAAGUUGAUUUCAAAAUUAAGCCAAAAGGUGGUAUUAAUAUUACUCACAUGGUUGAAAAUCCUGACCUUGAUGAUGAAAUGAUUAAGACCAUUUUAAAGGAAUAUAGAAUUAACUCUGUCGAUAUUGUUUUUAGAGAAAAGAUUAAUGAAGAUUAAUUAAUUGAUAUUAUUGAAGGUAAUAGAAAAUAUAUUCCAUGCCUUUAUGUUAUGAAUAAAAUUGAUGACCUUACAAUGGAAGAAUUAGAUAUUAUUGACUAAAUUCCUCAUUAUGUUCCCAUCUCUGCUCACUUGGAAUGGAACCUUGAUGAAUUAAUAGAACGUAUGUGGGAAUACUUAGAUCUCUAUCGUGUAUACACUAAACCUAAGGGCAAAGCUCCUGAUUAUGAAAAGCCUGUUAUCUUGCCCAGAAAGAAAUCUACAGUUGAAGAUUUUUGUAUGAGAAUUCAUAGAACUAUGAUUAAUGAUAUGAAAUAUGCAUUAGUUUGGGGUACUUCUGUCAAGCACAAUCCUCAAGUAUGUGGUAAAGACCAUCAACUUAAUGAUGAAGAUAUCGUUCAAAUUAUCAAAAAGAUUUGA